GCCCGACUCGAUGCUGCUCUGGCUGCUGCAGAAGCUCCGAGGGAGCCAGCCCCGUUUACGCGUGUGCGUGCGCCAACAUGCGAGCGUGCAGUGCUCCGCGUUCUACAUCACCGCUGACGACGACGUGCUCCUACAAACGGCGGAAGAAAUACAUCUGACGAAACAACUGAAGCCAGAAUUCGGAGGGGGUUACAAAGAAUUCACUGUUCGGGACAUGCACUGUUUCCAAAAGGGCUCAUCAGCGUCAGAGCUGCUCAACUCGGGCGAGCGCGCGGCCCUCGUGAAGCGGGUGCUGGAGUCUGCGCGCGCGCAGCCCGGCGAGGAGGACGCGCUGCGGCCCGCGCUCGAGCUGAGGUUGAGGCAGGCUAUAUUGCCAGCAUGCGUGAGCAAGGGUGUGGUCUCCAACAUGUUCCCGCUACACGACAGGAAGGCGCUAGAGGUGCUCAGGAAGAAGUGGGUCAAACAGUUCUUUGCUCCACAGCCUUUGGACGAGAUAUGCGACUACUUUGGCGUGAAAAUAGCCAUGUACUUCGCGUGGCUCGGCCACUACACGCGCUCGCUCAUCGCGCCCGCCGUAGUGGGGUUCCUGUUCUGGAUAUGGCUUGGCGUCGCCAAUGAAAACUGGCGGGAUAUCGCUUACGUUCUAUUCUCUAUAUUCAACGUGCUAUGGGCGUGCGUUUAUUUGGAGACUUGGAAAAGACGUUCCAAUGUGCUCGCCUAUAAAUGGGGGACGCUGGAUCAAAGAGACGAAUUGUUGGUAGAACCAAGACCACAGUUUCAGGGCGAGAUGACAAUAAGCCCUGUCACCGGCAAGCCAGAACCGACGUGGCCGGCGUGGCGGCGCCGCCUGUGGCGCCACGCCGUCUCGCUGCCCGUCAUGUGCGUGUGCGUGUGUGCGUGCGCGCACGUCACGCUCGCUGCUCUUACUGUACAGGAAUGGUGGGAAAAUCACAUAGUAUAUUUCUCGUGGCUACCUCGAGCGAUACUAGCCAUCAUCAUAGCAGUGGAAGAGGAGGUUUACGGCAGGAUAGCGCGAUGGUUGAAUGACAAAGAAAACUACCGUCUCGAGACGAAGUAUGAAAAUCAUCUGAUAGUGAAAAUAGCAUUGUUUCAAUUCGUAAACUCGUUCAUGAGUUUAUUCUACCUCGCAUUUUACGUACAAGACAUGGAAAAGCUUAAAGAGCAACUAGCCGUCUUGCUCAUAACGAGGCAGAUAAUCGGCAAUCUCAAGGAGUCUGCUCUGCCAUAUUUGAUUGAGAACCUGAGACUUGCAAAAAUCUGUGUCGAUGUGUUCGGCGCUCUCAGUCCUAGCAAAAUGCCAACAUCAGCACAACUGACAGAACUGUUCGAGAAGAAAACUGACUCUUCGGGUGACGUGCCAGAGAACUCAAUCUUCAACACUAGCGACAAGGACGAGCGAAGAGACUCUGAGCCGGUCGUCGGACAGAAGGUCAUACACCAGGCUGAACUGGAGUCGCAGCUGUUUAAGUACGAAGGCACAUUCGCCGAGUACCUCGAGAUGCUCACCCAACUCGGCCACGUGGUGCUAUUCUCGUCCGCGUUCCCGCUGGCCGGCGCCUGCGCGUUGUUGAACAACGCGGCGGAGAUACGGGCCGACGCGUUCAAACUGUGCCACGUGGCGCAGAGGCCCUUCCCCGCGCCCGUCAGCUCCGUCGGCUCUUGGCAGCACGUAAUGGAAGCGCUCAUAGCGGUGGCGGUGCUAGUGAACUGCGCUCUGAUUGGUCUGUCCGGCACCGUCAACAGAUUGCUGGGCGACGCCAUGCCGCAAGCGCAUAUACUUGUGUACGUCGGGUUGGAGGUGAGAAUCUGUAGUGGAAUAUUGUCCAAUGGAAGCGCUCAUAGCGGUGGCGGUGCUAGUGAACUGCGCUCUGAUUGGUCUGUCCGGCACCGUCAACAGAUUGCUGGGCGACGCCAUGCCGCAAGCGCAUAUACUUGUGUACGUCGGGUUGGAGGUGAGAAUCUGUAGUGGAAUAU